AUGCCGAUCCAAAAAUCCGGUGAAAAAGUUGCUACAACCGUGAAAAAGGAAGAUCUUCAUCCUGGACAAAAAGUUAGAUAUCAUCCUGUUGGUGGUGGCAUGCAACUUACCGAAGGAAUCAUCAAGAAGAUUGUUACUCAUUCUGAAAUCGCGGGAGAUACCCAGAAAACAGUUAAAGCAAGUGAAGAAGAACCUAGAGUGGUUAUUGAAAAUUUAAACACCCGUAAG